AUGCGAAGAUUUGGGCUUGGGGAUAGAAGGGCCAAAUGCAAAGACUUGGGCUUGAUAGGCGGAGAGGCCAAAUACGAAGAUUUGGGUUUGGGGGAUAGAAGGGCCAAAUGCAAAGACUUGGGCUUGAUAGGCGGAGAGGCCAAAUGCGAAGAUUUGGGCUUGGGGGAUAGAAGGGCCAAAUGCAAAGACUUGGGCUUGAUAGGCGGAGAGGCCAAAUGCGAAGAUUUGGGCUUGGGGGAUAUAAGGGCCAAAUGCAAAGACUUGGGCUUGAUAGGCGGAGAUGCCAAAUGCGAAGAUUUGAGCUUGAUAAUGGAGAUGAUGGCCAAAUGCAAAGACUUGGGCUUGAUGAUGGAGAUGAUGGCCAAAUGCGAAGACUUGGGCUUGAUGACGGGGGUGUUUUGCCAACAGAAUAGGGCUUACAACUGA